GUGUUCCGAAGUAUGACGGAAAGGACUGAAAAGUUGCGAUUGGAGUUUUAAAAUCGAAAGAGGAUAAUUUACAAUAAAUGUUAGCAAAGGUUGUGUAAAAAUCUUGUUUGGAAGGUUUUAUUUAUUACUGAAGACACAUCUGAAGAUAAUUGAAAAAUGUUUCAAUCACCUGAAUAUAGUAACACAUUGUCACUGAAGUUAUCUGAGGUAUUAGAGGAUGUUGGUGUCAAUGAAGAAAUGGUGAUGAACAGAAGAAGAGUAAACAUGCUGAUGGCGAGUAUUACUACAGUCACAUUUAGAUCAACUUGUAGAAACGCAACUAUACAUUACCUUGGAAGUCAGUCUGAAGGCACAACUACUAUAGGACUUAAUUCAGACGUUGACACGGUUAUAGUAAAGUAUGAUUAUAAUGUGAUGCAGGACUGGUCCGAAUGGAAACAAGGAAAAAAUAAUCUUCUGAUGAUACAAAAUGAAAAUGUAACAUCUGGAUAUUGUUUUCUACAACUACUUCGAUCUGAUGUACCUCUUUUUGAAACAAUCAUUCCAAGUGAAAAUUACAUCAGGGAUGGUGUUGGAAGGAUAUUGUUGAGAAAUACAUUAUUGAGUGGCAUUCGUGAAGAUGCCGAGCGUCACGGACCUUCUAAUGCCGUACCUGGUGGUGAAGAAUACACUGACACUGACAUUGUGUAUGCUUUUCCUUGUAAUUCAUGGCCGCAAUCAGCAUCGCAAUUCUUAGAAAGCCAAGGUAUAGGGAGUUUGCUAUCGCCAGCUAUGAAAAGAUAUGUCGCUGACAAUGAAUGUUUUGUCGUUGGUGCUAGCAGUAAGAUAAGUACUUACCCGGAACUAGAAUGGAGAAUAUCGACAUCAUUAGGAGAAAGAUGCUUAAUGUUUUCUCUAAAUAUAACACAAUUACAAUGUUACGUUUUAAUGAAAAUUAUCUUAAAAACUUUUCUGGAUCCUCAGAAAGAAAGUGCUUUGUCUAGUUUUAUGUGUAAGACUGCAAUGUUACACUGUAUAGAAAAUACAGAACGAAACAUUUGGGAAAAUAAAAAUCUUUUUACAUGUUUAACAUUUUGCUUGCUUAAACUGCGUGGCUUUGUUCAAAACGAAAAUUGCCCGCAUUUCAUCAUUUCUGAAAACAAUCUAAUGGCCGGACAAUUUACAAACGAAGAAAAAGACAACCUUUUAAGGAAGAUAGGUGACACAAUACAGGGUGAUGCUAGAUGUUUGCUUCGAAUUACCAUUGAUGACUUGGGCUAUAGACUACAGGUCAAACUCAACCGAAUCCCUUUGAUUCCCCAUGCGAUCCUUGAUUCUCGUGCUGUCAAUGAAGAAUGUUCGAGUCUGCUACUCCUAAAUUUAGCGAAAGUGAUAAGCAAAAGUCAGUUGACAAUUCUUGCAUACACAAUACACUUGCCACACAGUAACAUAGAAAGGCUCAAACAAGUUAUUAUAAAACUAGCAAACUACAGUAUAUUUGGAAAUAGACUGGAGCAGUUUGCAAGCCGUUGUCUGAUGAAGGUUCUUUCUUCAACACUUGGUUCCAUUAUUGUGUCUUCAAGUAUUGUACAGAAUAAUCAAGUUCCGUAUUCAUCACUAAUGUACCUCUCAUUAGGUUUGGACUCAGAUGUAACAUCUGGCAGACUGAAACUAGCAUCUGUAUUCUACCGUGUAGGUGAUAUGGAUAGAACAGAGUUCAUUCUGAGACAAACUGAAAGUCGGUAUAACCCUGAUGUUGUUGAAGCCGUAUGUAGUUGUUGGUCUUAUCCAUUGAAAAGUUUGUUGUCUGCAGAAUUUAAAAGGAAAUGCUGUGAACAAAAUGAAAAUUGCAUAUUUGAUAUCGUAUCAUUUUGUGUCAGAUUCCUGCAGAUAGAAGUCAACUGUGUUCCUCGUGAACUACAAUAUGAAAUGAUGAGAUCGACAAGAGAUGACAUGCAACACAGAAGUCUUAUAGACAGUCAAUGGAUGAAUUAUGCUGUAGUUGACUCCCUGCCUUAUCUGUACUUUUUACAGUACAAGACAUACGGUAAGCUCCAUAGAUACCAGGAUCGACAACGAGCACUGAAUAACCUUCUGAAAAUUAUCGUGCAAGGUGGUAACUUUGGUCACAGGGAAACAACUUUGAAUUUGCUUGGUCAGUGCAUGGAACAGGAAAACAAGUACAAUGAAGCAUUGCAGUGUUACAUGCUUUCUAUUCAACAAAGAGAAAGAAACAAUGCAGCAAAAUUUCAUAUCUGCCGUUUACUUGCAAAGUGUCUCCGAAAGGUAAAGGAUUAACUUUCUUUCUACUAUAUUCUGUACAUGAAGUAGAUUUUGACUAUAACAGAUCUAGAUCGUACAUGGACUGUGAUAUGGUUAGUCUUUCGGAUGAGACAAACAUCAAAUAUAAAUGUAGUUUAACUAUUCCUGAAAGUUGUUUUACAAAUUUUGGAGAUAAUGAAACUAUUGUCGCAUUGUUGCAAAUGAAAUAACUUAGUUUUCACUGUUAAAUAAUGUGUGGCUUGUGAUAAAAAAGAUAAAAUUUCAGAAAUGUA